AUGGUAGCUCUUCUGUGUAUGCCCUUCACCCUCAUCCCCAACCUCAUGGGCAACUUCAUCUUUGGAGAGGUCAUCUGCAAGACGGCUGCCUACUUCAUGGGUAUCUCUGUCAGUGUGUCCACUUUCAACCUUGUGGCCAUCGCCAUUGAACGCUACAGUGCCAUCUGCAACCCCUUGCAGUCCCGUGUAUGGCAGACCCGCUCCCAUGCCUACAAGGUGAUCGCUGCCACCUGGAUCCUUUCCAUCAUCAUCAUGAUCCCAUACCUGGUCUACAACAGGCUGGUCUCCUUCACUAAGAAGGAGAACAUCGAGGGCUACCAGUGCCGCCUCAAGUGGCCAAAUAACCAAGUGCAGCAGGCAUGGUAUGUCAUCCUACUGACCAUGCUCUUCUUUAUCCCCGGCGUUGUCAUGAUCGUGGCCUAUGGGCUCAUCUCUCAUGAGCUGUACAGAGGGAUCCAGUUCGAGAUGGACUUGAACAAAGAGGCCAAAGCCCUUAAAAAUGGAGUGACUACAGGAGCAACAACGUCAACUACCAAUUGUGACGAGGGUGACGGCUGCUACAUCCAAGUGAACAAACGCCGCAACACCAUGGAGAUGUCCACAUUGACUCCCAGCAGCUGCAGCAAGAUAGAUCGAGCACGGGUCAACAAUUCGGAGGCCAAACUCAUGGCCAAGAAGAGGGUCAUCCGCAUGCUGAUUGUCAUUGUGGCCAUGUUCUUCAUAUGCUGGAUGCCCAUCUACGUCGCCAACACCUGGAAGGCCUUCGAUGAAGAGUCAGCAUUCAGGAUCCUCUCUGGGGCGCCCAUCUCUUUCAUCCACCUCCUGUCUUACACAUCGGCUUGUGUCAACCCCAUCAUCUAUUGCUUCAUGAACAAACGUUUUCGCAAAGCCUUCCUGGGAACGUUUGCAGGCUGCAUUAAGCCUUGCCGGCGUUUUCGUGAACCAGAGGAGGAUAUAAUAGCCACCGGGGCAUCUCUUUCCAAAUUCAGCUAUACCACUGUCAGCAGUCUGGGUCCUCCUUGA